UCCCCAGUCGCAUCCAUAUUCAAAUUUCCGGACAGCUCGUUCACGGAUCACCUGGGAACCGGGAAGGCGUCGCCAUUGUUCGCCGUACGAAGAAACUUUCGAGUCUCGAGAUGUCCGCGACUCAGUCCGAGUGCGACCUCGGGGCAACUGGCGGGCCUCCUUUCGCGAUUGGGGAGUACACCUUCGCCGACGCCGGGAACCUGGAGCAUUGCGCCAAGUACCUCAACCAGACGCUAGUGACCUUCGGAUUCCCAGCCUCACUGGAUCUCUUUGCCACUGAUCCCGUUUCGAUUUCAAGGACAUGUAAUUGCAUCUAUUCUCUACUUCAACAAAGGCAGCGCGACAUUGAGUUUAGGGAGUCAUCUAAUGAGCAGAGGCAAAGAUUGCAGUCUGAUUUAUCAAGAUUAGAGGCUAAGAUUGAAAGGCUUGAGGCACAAUUAGCUGCAAAAGAUCGAGAGCUAGCCACUUUAACCCGAAUGGAGGCUAAACAUACUGCAGCUUUGAAGGCUCAAAUUGAAAAGUUGCAGCAGGAACGUGAUGAAUUUCAGCGAAUGGUCAUUGGUAAUCAGCAAGUGCGCACGCAACAAAUACAUGAAAUGAAGAAAAAAGAGAAGGAAUACAUAAAACUGCAGGAGAGGCUAAACCAAGUGCUAAUGGAGAAAAAGAAGGAAUCUCGGUCAGGGAUGGAGAUAAUGAACUUACUGCAGAAAGAAGGGCGUCAGCGUGGAACAUGGAAUGGAAAGAAGGCUGACAAUGAUUUCUAUAAAAUGAUUGUUGAUGCAUAUGAAGUAAAGAAGCAAGAGCUGAUGGCAGAGAACUCUGAUUUGCGGGCUUUACUACGUUCUAUGCAGAUGGAUAUGCGGGACUUUUUAAAUGCUCCAAAUGGCCUGUCCCAACAAACUGUCGCUGUCAAUGAAAAACAAGUGGCAGGAUCUCCUCAGUCUCCAUUAGGUGGCAGGACGGAUUUCUUUGAUCUACCUUUCCACAUGGCUAGAGAUCAAAUAGAAGAGAGCUUACGAACUAAGAUGGCUUCAAUUAAGGCAGGGAUGCUACAGCUUCAAGAUGCACAGAAAGGAGCAGAGGUGACCUCUGAAGCAACUGAGAGAGAGCUUGAGCUUGAAGCUCAACUUGUUGAAGCUAGGAGCAUCAUUCAAGAGCAGGCUUCAAUAAUGUCCAAACAUUUUGCAAAGUCUGAGAAGCCAAGGAUAUUGAGUAGCCAUUUAGAUGCUGAGAGAGAAGUGAUCCAUUCAGCAUCUGCUGAGGCGGUGUAAAAAUCCAGGGUGCUCUGGUAUUUUGAUGGUAGUGGUGCAUGCUUUUGACUUGAUAUAAACUAGGUUUGCUGCUGAGAUCAAAGUGCCAGAGAUGACAAGUGUUAAAAACCUUUUGUAAGUAUUUUGGAUAGCUUUACUGGACUAUUCAUGUUGGUGGUUCAGAAGAACCGAGUGAAUCCAUUAAUAUUCCUCAAUAUAUAGCUUUUUUAUAAAUUUAUAAUAGUUCUCGUGUUGUCAUAA